GCCCUUCACACUAUUUUACGCCCACACCAAAUCUCGCAGUUGCCCUAAUCCUAUUUUGCUUUUACGCCGCCGUUCGCGCCCUUCUUCGUCUUCUUCGAUUCCUCUCCUUCCUCGCUUAAAUCCGCCGAAACGUCUGGCAGCGAGUUCGUUCACCUGUCGGUGAUACUUCAUCACUUUGUUUGACGACAAAAUGCAGAAUGAAGAGGGGCAACUGGUGGAUCUCUAUAUCCCUAGGAAGUGCUCUGCGACGAACAGGUUGAUUGCUGCCAAGGAUCAUGCCGCUGUUCAAAUUAAUAUUGGUCAUUUGGAUGAGCAUGGUGUUUAUACCAGGAAUUUCACAACUUUUGCGCUCUCGGGUUUCAUUCGUGCUCAGGGAGAUGCUGACAGCGCUCUUGAUAGGCUCUGGCAGAAGAAGAAAUCUGAAAUACGUCAGCAGUAGUAGUAGACUUAAUACUACUGCUGAGAUGUGUUUUUGGCUUUUGUUAUAACUACAUUCUAUUAUGACAUUUAGGUUUGGGAACUUUGCUUUAGCUAAAUGAUUUUCCUUAUAACAAUAUUUUUGAGACUUCAAUAUAUCAGUCAUUCAGCCUUUAAUUUCAGACUAGAAAGUUUUGGA